AUGUCGCCCAAAGAGAUCCUGCCUGAGUCCUCGUUGGAAAUCUACUUGCGUUUCAACGACGACAUGGAGAAGGACUACUGCUUGCAGAUCACGUCGGAAACCGUGUUCCGCGACUUGUUCAAGGUGUUCCAGACCUUGCCCAUUUCUUUGCGCCCCAACUUGUUCUACGACCCCCAGCCCGUGCUGUUUGUGGUGCUGACCGCGCCAGGCUACUUGACGGAAGACGGCGCGUUGCUUUUCUCGUACGAGACCGGCCAAGAAAAAUACCAGAAGCGCGUGGCGCUUGACGACGUGGUGGCCAAGCAGUGCUGGCCCGGCCAGCUCGUGCUCCCGGUGUGGCGCUUCAACCACUUCGGGUACUACAUGUUCAUCUCCGCGUUGGUGGUGUGGCUCUACACGGACUUGCCCGACUUCGUGUCGCCCACGCCUGGCAUCUGCUUGACCAACCAGAUGUCGUACUUGCUCUCGUGGGCCGCGCAGAAGUACAACUUCAACCACAUCGCGGACGUGUUCAUCAAGGACUUGCAGGAGCCCGUGAACAUAGGCGCGCAAUGCGCCUUCUUCAUCUUCCACAUCGUGAAGGUGCUUGUGGUGUUUUUCCUCGUGUGGUCGGGCAUGUUCAACCCGACCCGCUUGCUCCGCUUGGGCCCGCAGAAGAAGCCCGUGGUCACCAAGGAAACCUUGAUCGCCUUGGGCUGGACCGGCUCCAAGCGCGCCAAUGCCGACGAGUACAAGGACGAGUACCGCGAGUAUAAAAUCAAGGAGUUUGGCGGCAUGGUGCCGGCUCACCAGGCGAGCGUGUUCACCAAGCUCAAGCACUUGGGCGUGUUUUUGGGCGACCACGAGGGCUUCAACACGCCCGUCAACCCCGCCAACAAGCUCAGCGACAUGUCCGACGACAAGUUCGUGUUGAGCUACGACUAUUUCGUGAAGCAGGGCGAGUUUUUUGAGGAGUUCACCGCCGGCAAGGACGCGGAGCAGAUCAACGAGGCCAUCAAGCAGUUCCGCCGCUACGGGCUCUUGCACUCGGGCGGCGUGAUUGCCGACUUGGUGCAGAAGAGAAAGGCUGCUGGCGACAGUAAGCUCGAUUGA